AUGACAGGAAAUAAGACAACAACAAACUCCUUUACAUCCUUAACUCCACCAAAAUAUCCUCUUUAUUUAAAAUACACAAAUUAUGCAAAUUUAGUAAGUCAACAAUAUCAUCAGCAAAGGAAAAGAUCAUAUCAUGAUUUACUUGAAGAAAUUGAUCUUCGUUUACCUCAUUGUUGGAAUAAAUAUGAUAAAUCAAAGUAUAUUGAAGUAGGUCUUAAUGGUUAUGACUUGCAUUAUGUGGGACCGAAUAAUAAUAAAACUACUGAAACAGCUGGAAUGAUUCGUACAAAUCUUCCAAUAAGACCCCAAUGUGGUAUUUAUUAUUUUGAAAUUCAUAUUGUUUCAAUUGGGAAAGAUGGUCUGUUCUCUAUUGGAUUCUGUACUAUGGAAAAUACAUUAAAUAAGCUACCAGGCUUGGAUAAAGGUUCGUUUGGUUAUCAUGGUCAUACAGGUCUAAUCUUUGAGCAAUCAGGUCAAGGCAAGGAAUAUGGUCCUAAAUAUGCAUCAGGUGAUGUUAUUGGGUGUGGUAUUAAUUUUGCUGAUCAAACAGCGUUCUUUACUAAAAAUGGAGUAUUUCUGGGUACUGCCUUUAAUACUCUAUCCUCUUCCCAUGUUUAUUAUCCUACCGUUGGUCUUAGUACUAAAGAUGAAAGAAUAACUGCUAAUUUUGGUCAGGAUUCUUUUCUAUUUGAUAUUAUUCAGUAUACAAAGGAUCAACAAAGCUUGACCUUUCAAAAGAUAGUAAAUCAUCCUGAAAAUGAUAUAAUAAAUAUAAAAGAAGAAAUAAAUCAAUUAGUCAUGUCUUAUUUAACACAUCAGGGAUAUGCAGAAACAGCAGAUUCAUUAAAAAAGAAUAUAGACUUUGUAUAUAAUACAUCCAAGAAUAAUCUUAUGAAUAACAAAGAUACAGAAAUAAGAGGUCAAAUACGAAGGCUGAUUAUGUCAGGCUCUAUUGAUUCAGCUAUUGUGCAAAUUCGAUUAUUUUAUCCUCACUUGUUAGAGCAACAUCCUGAUAUCUUGUUUCAUCUCAAGACGCGUAAAUUCCUUGAUAUCUUAAUUGAUGAUUACCCUUCCUUCCAACAUCAAGUAGUCUAUGAAGAAGAAAUGACUAACAAAAUGACAGCUCAUCCAUGGCCAUUAUUGUCACCACCAAUUCAUGUAGCAGCGUCGGGAAGACGCUUAAGUUGGGCUGCUAUAGCUGCUACUCCUUCCUCUUUUCCACCUACACCUAAAGACAUGACUUCUAAAAAAUCAUUUGCCUCUAUUCGUAAAGCAAUACAAUAUGGACAUGAGCUUCAAGAAGAGUAUCAAACAAAACAUUCAAAGUAUUUGGAUGAGUUAAUGGAAUUAUUUGGUUUACUUUCAUACUCUGAUCCAAAAACAAGUCCAUUAGCUCAUCUUUUAGAUAUUUCUAAACGAGAUCAUGUUGCUUCUGAAUUGAACAAUGCUAUUCAAGCGUAUCAAAAUCAAGCAAAAAUCUCCAAUUUAGAAUCAAUAUUUAAACAAUACAAUGCAACAAGUAAAGAACUUGCUUUAACAGGUCACGGAGAAGUUUCUUUAAUUAAUGAACAACUUUUAAUAUAA